UUUCAAAACAGGUAAGUACACUGUGCUGAUGGCAGCGUGUACUGCAUGUGCUUCCGAAGAAAACAUCUUGAAGACUGUAGAACUGCUUCUGUCGAGGAAUGCUGACCCUAACCUUACUUGCAGGAAACAAAUGACUCCACUGAUGUAUGCAGCUAGAAAAGGCUAUCCUCAGGUUGUUGCUCUACUUGUCGCUCAUGGAUCACACAUAAAUGCCCAAGAUGAAAGUGGAUAUUCAGCAUUAAUAUGGGCAGCACAGCAUGGGCAUAAAAGUGUAAUUUUUAAGUUGCUUGAGCUGGGAGCUGACAAAAAUCUGCAGACUAAGGAUGAGAAAACAGCAGCAGAGAUAGCAAAAGUCAAUAAACAUCCAGAGAUUUAUAGUUUACUCUCUUUGGCUGCAAAUAACUUGCAGGGGAAAUACCAUGGAACAACUAAGCAAGAGGCUACCUACACAUUUCUGACAGCUGUCUCUGGCCACAGAGCUGGUUUGUGUUCAACGUUAGAUGACAUGGAAGUGUUUUUACAUGGUCUUGGUCUAGAACACAUAGUAGGAAUAUUGAAGGAAAGAGAGAUAUCUUUAAGACAACUUCUGAUCAUGCAAAAAGAUGAGUUAAUACAGAUUGGCAUUACAAAUCCAGGAGAUCAACAGAAACUUCUAAAUGCUGUUAAUGAGCUACAAGUGGAAGAAAUAAGAAUUGGAGACCUCCCUGAAGUGAUGAAGCUGGAAUUAAGUAGAGAUGAAUUCCUCAAGUUUCUUCAGAAGCUGGAUAAAGAGUGCAAUAAGCUGACCGUUCCUGUGCAGACCAUGAAUAAGCAUUUCCUCAAGAAUUCUCACAAGGUUGUACUGCAUUGGGCACCGACUGAAACCUUUAUCGAUGUCUGCAGAGACUUGGUUCGCAGUGUUGAAAAGCUGGGAGAAGAAGUUACCAAGCUGAAGGACCUGGUGGAGAAGCAUGAACAGAAGAAUGACCCCAGCCAACUAAAAUUGCCAGAAAGAGCACCCACCUUGGAAAAAAAAUUAGUAAAAAUGGGAGCGGUAACAUUGCUUGGAUUUGGUUUUUUCUUCUUUAUAACUAAGUUAGUGGUAAAGAAAAUCUGA